AUGGAUGAGCAAACAGUCUUCAGCAGUCUGGAAGGCGAAGCUCUCGUUGUUCCGCAGUCCGGAGCCCUCGAUAUCACGACUGAACUUGGCAAGAUUCUGGUGAGGCAGAACGAAAUAACGGUAAUUCCACGCGGUAUCAAAUACCGUGUGACGCUGCCAGAAGGGAAGCCAUGCCGAGGGACUCCUGUCAACGUCGUUGCCUGGCAAGGUACACUCUAUCCGUACACAUAUGAUCUGGCUCGCGUGGAUACCAUAGCCAACAUCCGUUAUGGCCACGCCGAUCUCUCGGUGUUUGUUGUGUUGACGGUUCCUUCAUUCGGAAAAGCGCCUGGCACUGCCGUCGUUGACUUUGCGUGUGUUGGGCCUCACUGGCAAAUGGUAGAAAACACUUUUCCAGUACCAUGGUACCAUCGCAACGCCAUGCAAGAGUUCGUUUUUGGCAUCAAUAACAACCAACGUGAAGACUCUCCGCUUAACCACCUUGAACCUGAAUACGGUCCUGUGGCAGCUUUUCUCAACGGGGCGAUGGCAACACACGGCCCCGGAGAGGAGCUUUACUAG